AACUGUUUCUUGGCGCAGGGACAGAUUGAAAUGGGGAGGAGUUUGACACAGGGAGUUCAGCUCAGGACAGACUGAAGGACAAACAAGCGUGAAAGGUGGAUUGGACGGGAAAACAGGAGGCGAUCAAAACACACGGAAUAUUAACUGCUUUGAGUAAAAUGUCUGUGUCUCCAGUUGCCGUGGUGGCUCGUCGCACACUGGCUGCAGCGUCACAUUCAAGCCAUGAGGGAAAAGCAAAGACCUGGAGGGUCAUGAGCUUCGUGCUGGCCAUACCUGGUGUCACCGUGUGCUGGAUCAACGCUUACAUGAAGGGCCAGGCUCAUUCACAUGAGCAGGCCGAAUUUGUGCCGUAUCCCCACUUGCGUAUCCGCACCAAGAAAUUUCCCUGGGGCGAUGGAAACCACUCUCUGUUCCACAACCCUCACACUAAUGCCCUGCCUGACGGCUACGAGAGCACCCAUCACUGAGGAGCAGCCACAUCCUGCUGCACGCUUAAAAAGAAACUCCAGCCUGCAGUGUACUCGGCUUAAUUAUCCAGACCAGGGGGCCAAGCAGUACCGCCGUCAAGCAGUACACCCAGACAGGAUUAAAACUACUUUGUGCUAUGUCA